AUGAACAUUCUUGACGAUCCUUCUAGAGUUUAUAACUGUAAUGAAACUGCCUUUUUCGUAAGCCCAAAAGAAAACAAAGUUAUCGUCAAAAAGGGAGAAAAGGUUGUUUAUAAUUUCAUAAAUAAUGACGAGAAAGAAUGUUUGACUACACUAACUACACCUACUGCAAGUGAACUAUCACAUAUUAAUGAGAAUACAAACUUGAAUAAUGCUGAACUGAAUAUGACAAGUCGAAAUUUCAUCAUAACCCAGGAUAGAAUAGAUGGUAUUUUUCCAAAUGGGCUAGCAGCUCCAAGUUUAGUUGAAGAUAACUCUGAAGAGAACAUCGAACCAAACAGUUCAAUGACAAAUGUAUACCAACAAGCAACUGAGGUGUUGAUACAGCCUGAGGUAGCUUGCAAUUCAUCAAACCCCGUCAGUGACAUUGAGUCUACAGCGGCCAAAAAUGGUGGUGUGCCUGUUAAUAUACCAUCACCAUUCAAAUCAAGUUUAUUCUGGCCUGCUCCAAAGCUGAGCGUUUCCAAAACGAAACCAAAACUUAAGUUACCUUCUACGGCUACUUCAGAUUCAUGGAGGCAAUACCAUCAGAAAAAAGAAGAGGAAAAGCAACGGCAACUUCAAGAAAAAGAGGAAAGAAAACGAAAACGAGAAGAAAACGCUGCAGAAAAAGCAAACAUAAAAAAGAAUAAAAAGCAGGCGAGAAGAAAAAAAUCAGACAAUGAGGAAGAAAGUACUCAGUCAAGAGAAGAAGGAAAUAGUCGAUCAGAUGAGGACAAUGCAGUAAAUGUCAGUUAUCCGAGUGAUGAGGAGGAAAACAAUAACUCGGAAAGUGAAAAUGAUUCCGGACUUAUAAAUCAUGCAAGAAUUGAUGGAGUUUGUGAAAAUGAUAUUGAGGAAAAUAACUUUGUUGUUGUAUGUUACGAUAACCAAUAUUAUUGGUUAUCGUAA